AUGCCUGCCGGAGAGAUAAUAACACAGGUCAGUAAUACCCUCGAUGACGCGGCUAUACUGAGCGAGACACUGCCUGAUGUGAUUCAUUUGGAAAUGAGAGGCAAGCGGUUCAGAAUAGAGCGCGAAAAUCUGCUGGAGCUCCCGGAGAACGUGCUACUUUCCCUCUCGGGGUCCCCAUUCUAUGCGGACCAGACUUCGGCAGCUUUGUCCACAGAAAGUGGGCAGGAAGUUAUCCACGUUGACUUCAAUCCAGAGUGCUUUGUGUAUAUUCUCGACCACUUCAACGCCGUGCUUUUGCAUUUGAACCCACCCACAAUGCCAUUGAGCAAUUUCGAGGACAGUGCUGCCCUCUACGACAACCUCGACCAGGACCAAGUUUCCAAUAAUGAGCAGCACCUUACAUUCCAACCAAAUGUGAUCCCCGAUAUCCUCCAGCACAGACCAGCAAUUGUUGUUUUACGGGAAGACAUCGAGUACUUCUGCCUGGAUGGUGACGCUAAUGCCUCCCAUGCUACCAUGGCCAUCCUCCGACGCGAUUGUGGCAAUAUGAUUGCUGCCAAGAACUCUAUAUUCGAUGGUUUGCAUGACGGUGAUGUUCCAGAUACGCCAGAGUACUUUUUAAAGCAAAUGCUCUGUCUGGCCGGCUUUGCUGAAAAUGAAACCUGGGGCUAUAGGCAGCGUGAGUCACACCGAGCACAGGUCCUCAGCGUCCAUCUGCUCGACCUUAAAAUGCCCACACAGGAUGACCUGGAAAAAAUUCAAGCAGUGCAGAAGCUUUUGCUGUUCUGGAAAAAGCCCGCUCGCAAGUGCUGGUGGGACAAGUUUACUCUUCAAGCGGGCGGUAAGGAUGUCACAGUUCAUCUCCGCAGAGCAUGGACGUUUGAACUGAGUAUUCUAGGGAUUGUUAACGCGUAA